GGUUGAUGUUUACCGCAGCCGUAUUCUGGCGUCGUCCCGUAGCUGUCAGCGUGGGGACAGGCAGGAGGGGAUCUAUGCCAGCCAAUGUACACAGACAUCUCACAGAUCUGACAUCCAUCGCUGCCUUCUUUCUAGAGCUCCCAGCACUGCGUGCUGCUGCUGUGUGGGAGGACUAUGUUGUACCUCAUUGGUUUAGGCCUUGGGGAUGCUAAGGAUGUGACAGUGAGGGGCCUGGAGGUGAUCAAGAGCUGUUCCCGGGUCUACCUGGAGGCAUACACCUCUAUACUCACCGUUGGCAAAGAGGUCUUGGAGGAAUUUUAUGGACGUGAGCUGAUCCUUGCUGACAGAGAAACUGUAGAACAAGAUGCGGAUGAAAUCCUCAGAGAUGCUGCCGUUAGUGACAUAGCCUUCCUGGUGGUUGGUGAUCCUUUUGGGGCUACAACGCACAGUGACCUGGUACUGCGAGCAGCCAAGGCAGGAAUCCAGCACCGGGUCAUACAUAAUGCCUCCAUACUUAAUGCUGUGGGUUGCUGCGGCCUUCAGCUGUAUAACUUUGGAGAGACCGCUUCCAUUGUCUUCUGGACAGACUCUUGGAAGCCGGAGAGUUUCUAUGACAAAAUCCGGAGGAACAGACUCAGUGGAAUGCACACUCUGUGCUUGUUAGACAUCAAGGUGAAGGAGCAAUCAAUAGAAAACCUUAUGAAGGGAAAAAAGAUUUUUGAUCCACCUCGUUAUAUGACUGUGAAUCAAGCAGUGGAUCAGCUUCUGCAGAUUGUGCAGAACCGGAGGGAGCUGGGAGAGGAGCUAGCUCUGACGGAGAACACAAUAUGCGUGGGUCUGGCUCGCGUUGGGGCAUCAGACCAGCGCAUUGCAGCAGGCACCCUGCAGCAACUCAGAGCGGUUGAUUUUGGCGCGCCUCUUCAUUCAUUGGCGAUUAGCGGCUGCAUGCAUCCCCUGGAACUGGACAUGCUCAGACUCUAUUCUGUGGACCCCUCUUGUUUUGAUCAGAUUAAUGUAGAGGACAGCUCAACAUAUCUGUCUUCAUAGACACUUUAUGAAAACAAGCUGUGCAUCACUGUACAAACUGCAGCAGCUACCCUGUGUGUGUGUGUGUGUGUGUGUGAGCACAAACAGUGCUUUGUAUUUGUGCCAAUGUGCUACUGUGUCCCUCUAACCAGUAUAGCCAUAUACUAAGGAUGCACCAGCUCCACGUGUUUGCCUUUAUCAGUAAACUUGGGUAAAGAGCAGAUUUGUAUAGCUAAAAAUAGCAGCCAAUCAGAAUUCAGCUUUUGGCUGUUUAGCGUAGUCACAAAGACUAAAGAUACUGAUUAAUAGCGCAAGUUGCUCCAUUUUGCACACUGCUCUUUGCCUUACUAUAUGAAGGCUUUUCAGCACGAUGGUUCUAUCAAAUUUCACAAUACAAAGAAUGGAGGUGUGCAGCAACCAAUCAGGAAUUGGCAUUCAGUGGCUUAGAGCGGGCUGAUAAAACCUAAUUACGUAUUGGUUGAUGUGACGCAACACUGAUUGUGAAGUGCUCCGCAGUAAAGCUGACUACAUUCUGAAAUGGAUAGCUUAGAUAUUCCUCUAAUGACUUUAGGCUAAGUUGGUGGAUCUUCAGAUACAUUCAUCAUUGGACCAAGUUGCCUGAGCUGUUACACAGAACUGUAUGUACUGGUAAAGCUGGUGCUGAUAGUUCUAUGUUUAAAGCCCAACUCCAGCCAAAACCUUUUUAGGUUUAUACAAA